UUUUCUUUCAGAGAUCUGCUAGAUUCUGUGGUUGGUUGGUUGAACGAACUUGACCUCGCACGCACAGGUGUUUCCUCAUAGAUAUCAAUUAUCAGCUGAUUCAGUUUCUUACUUACAGUGAAUGAUUGGUUAGUAUAAUGCCGAAGAAGAAAACUGGACAGCGCAAGAAGGCAGAGAAGCAAAAGCUUCGUCAAAAAGAGAUUCGUAACGCAAAGGAUAAUGUGGAUCUGGCGGCGCACCCCUGCAACGUGCCUAUGGAAUGCGAUAAGUGCCAGAAGAAGCAGAAGAACCGCGCGUUCUGCUACUUCUGCGCGGCGGUGCAGCGACUGCCGACGUGCGCACACUGUGGCAAGGUGAAGUGCAUGCUCAAGUCUGGAGACUGUGUUGUGCGCCACCCCGGCGUCUACACCACCGGCCUCGGGAUGGUGGGAGCAAUAUGUGACUUCUGUGAGGCAUGGGUGUGUCACGGCCGCAAAUGUCUGACCACACACGCUUGCUCCUGCCCGCUGAUGGAUGCUGUCUGCCUUGAGUGUGAGAGAGGUGUGUGGGAGCAUGGCGGGCGCGUGUUCCGAUGCUGUUUCUGCCGCGGGUUCCUGUGCGAGGACGACCAGUUCGAGCACCAGGCCUCCUGCCAGGUGCUGGAGUCCGAGACCUACAAGUGUCAAUCAUGCAACCGCCUGGGGCAGUACUCGUGCCUGCGGUGCAAGACGUGCUUCUGCGACGAGCACGUGCGGCGGCGCGGGGUGCGCCUGGAGCGGCGCGCCAUGCCGCCCUGCCCCAAGUGCGGCUACCCCACGCAGCUCACCUCCGAUCUCAGCAUGUCCACUCGUACGCACCGCUACGGGCGGCAGGGCACCGCCAUGGACGACGACGAGGACUACGGCCACGACGCCGGCGAUUACGGAGACGCAGGCGACUACGGCGCGGGCGGCGCGUACUCAUACUCUGAGUCAGACUCUGAGGACGAGGAUGAUGACGACGACGAUGAUGACUCGGAGGAGGAGGACUCGGAAUCUGAAGACAAGUCCGCCGCAGCCGCCGGGCCCGCCUCCGGUGCCGGUGCCAACGCGACCAAAUGAAAGAACCUCAAUUAUUAUUUUUCAUCGUAUCUUUUUACAUCAUUGGAAGUAUUUAUAAAACACAUAUAGAAAACAAAAA